CCAAGCUAUCCAAGCUCAUCGUAUCGUAGUCCAGCCUGAGACUCAAGCCGCUGAUGACUGCCCCAAUGGUAUGCCAUGAGACUUCAGAGAGUUUUAGCAUUUCACGAGGUACGCUUUUUCCUGGCAGGAGCCCAUUUUUUCCUGCAUACCGUGACAGUGCCCGUGGGGGCCCUGUGUCCUAGCGUGGGGCACGGUACAUUUUUAAUUGUUUUCACACAUUUCUCGCUUGAUCGUCUGGCUAUGUAUCCCUGCAUCUGCAUCUGCAUUCCCGCCGGUGCCGGCUUCCUCGUUGACCACGGCGAGCACUCGCUGGUCAAACGCCAAGACGCUCUUAGUCAACCUCCCUGCCGUACGGCACCCAAGCUGACCUAAUAUAGCCACAAGGGUUAUCGAGUCGCGAAUGAUGGCGACAGAAUUCCGUGCGGUGCAUCAUGGUGCCACAUAUAUGCACUGGUCAG